CUUUUUCACACACACUUCUCAUUCCAACCGCCGCCACUCAAAGGAGCAAUCGCUUUACCAUGGACGCAUACUACAACCAACAGCACAUGCAAGGAGCGGGGCAAGCAGCAGGACAAGCAGCAGGGCAAGGAGCAGGGCAGCAGCAGCAGCAGCAAGAGUAUUCAGGAUAUUCAGUAGAUCAUAUGGCAUAUCAACAUCAAUACUAUCAGUAUUACCAAUAUCAACAACAACAACAGCAGCAGCAGCAAUAUACGUCUUCAGCAAGCUCAGCACUGACCGCCUCGGCUACAGUUCUUCCUCCAUCAUACAGUACCCCGUUGCCGCCCUCAAAGCUGAGGCAGAGCAGCAACAACCGGCGACCGCAAAAUACCAGCAACCAGCUCUCACAGUACCAGGCCCAGUAUCAGUCUUCGACACAGCUUGGCGCUGCGGCCGCAUCUGCAGCUGCAGUUGCUUUGCUUCAGUUUGGAUACUCAGGUUCUAAUAUUGUAGCAAGUUCGGGCUCAGCGGCAAUGACUACUUCUGGCACAUUGGCGAAUGUUGUAGGUGAUUCCUCCAACCCGGACGAAUGGUAUUCGAAUUACCAAACACCCACAGUUCAACAAAGGAUGGCCGUGACAAUGGCUAUGAACGCCUCUCCACACGAGCGCGCAUCCUUUGGGAACCAGAAUGGACGUCGAAACAUUUUCAACGGUCAACAUCCACGACAGAAUCAACAGCAAAGACAGGGAAGGAACAAUAAUAGUAAUCAGCGAGGCAAACAGCAGCAUCGACCGAAACCAGAUCAAGCCAAGGAACAGAAUGCGGCAAUCGAGGGUGUUGAGGACAGAGACGCCUCAGGAUUCCACUGCGAUGCUUGUGGUGUGACAUUUCACGAGGAGGCAAAGAUGAAGAUCCAUGUUGCAGCACACAGGUCGUGUCCGGAUUGCCAGUAUACGGCUUCGCCUAGUCUCGUGAGUGAGCAUCGGAAACUUGUCCAUUCUCCGAAGUCUGACGAAGCGGGCGGGUCAUCUACACCUGCAUCCACAUCAGCAUCAGCUUCGGCUUCAACAUCGCCGCCCACGGCGUCAGCUACAUCUGCACCAACGACAAAGCCUGCGUUGCAAUCAAACCACAAUGUAAUCAGGAACAAAAGGCCAGCUGCACAGGUCGACCCAGGAAUGCUGCAUCCCCUUACUCCGGUUUUGAAUACUCCAGAAGAUAUUGCCGCCUGGAUUGCUCAGCGGCGGAAAGCAUGGCCCACAGAAGCUAAUAUUCAGAAAAGAGAGCAGGAGAGGCAAGAGAUGAUUGCGAAGGGUCAGAUCGUGGAUGAGCACUCCACAAAAGGAUUUAAUAACCGAGAUAAACGAGGCAGGAACAAUAAUAACAACAACCACAAUAACAAACGGGAUCAACGGCCAGCGGCUAUUCAGGAAGCCUAUGGUGUUCCCACAAAAAAACCAAAGACGGAGGGCGCUGCGGGCGACGGAAUGGUCGCAUAUGCAUCAUCGAAUGAACACAGUGAAGAGGACGAAGAUGUUAACGAUAUUAUGGACCCGAUAAAGGAUGCUGUCACGUCCAAGGAUCCCAGCGUUAUUGGCAAGGUCCUCCUGCCACGAGAUAAAUCUACUAGGCCAAAGACACCAUGCAAAUACUUUUUGCGGGGCAAUUGUACUCGUGGCGACAAGUGCACCUUCUCGCACGAUCCAUCACUGACGAACAAGAUCAAGAAGCCCAACCCUGUCUCGAACAUGAAAAGAGUCUUUAGAACCCGACCAUCAUUACUUCAAAUGCUUUUGUCGGGAGAAAUCAAAGAGGAAAAGAACAGGCUGCUGGAAGCCAUGCGCUACAUUGUGGAAAGCAACUUUUUUGAAAAGCAGGAGCCAUCCGGCACACUCGUUGAGGAGGUCGCAUAGAGAAGGCACCGGAUCAGUCUUCGGUAUGAUAGACAAUAAGGAUGGAUCAGAAAAAAAUAUAUAUGUAUUAUUUUGCC